AUGGCUGUUGAAGAACCUUCAGCGUCUCAGCUCCAAAGCAGUACGUCGGACUCAAAGAAUAGUGUCGAGUCUGGGGUCUCUGCAGCCCAAGAGGAUGGCUCCUGGGACAGUAUAGGACCAUGUCAGUCACUGGGCAUGAAGAGGGAUUUGUCUGUCUAUGGAAUUCUGUCAGCAGGCUACAGCAUCAGUAAUAGCUGGCUGGUUGUUGCCGCUAACUUGGCCAUAUCGCUUUUUUAUGGCCCGAUGAAUACUGUCUGGGGUCUUAUAUUGACCACGGUCAUCUACAGUUGCGUCGGGUUGACCCUCUGUGAGCUUGUGUCCGCCUAUCCUACUACCGGCGGCCAGUACCACUGGACGUCGAUCUUGGCCCCGAAAGGCGUCAAUCGUGCUGCUAGCUAUUUUUGCGGCUUCAUCAGCUGGCUGUCCUGGUUAAUGAUGUGCGCUUCGAGCAUGGGCGCCGUUUCCAACAGCAUCAACGCUCUCGCACUCAACGCCAACCCAGACUUUGUCAUGAAACCUUGGUUGUUCUUUGUGAUUUAUGAGGCUAUGAAUCUCAUCGCCCUUCUAUUCAACCUCUUUUUUCACAAAGGGCUAGGAAAGCUUUAUGAGUUCGGGUUCGUUCUGAGCUUGGUGUCUUUCGUGGUCAUCACAGUAACGUGUCUGGCCAUGCAACACGACAAACAACCUUCUUCAUAUGUGUGGUUGGCUACAGAGUCUGGUUCUGGCUGGUCACUGGGAACGCAAUUCAUGAUCGGACUAGCCGGCCCAGUCAUUGCUUUCAUGCCCCUGGACGGAGCAGCUCAUCUGGUCGCAGAGGUCAACCGGCCGGCCAUCAUCGUUCCCAAGACGAUCAUGGCAUCUCUAGUGAUUUCGUUCUUGUCUGCCCUUGUUUUUGUGCUUGCGGUUCUCUACUCGAUCUCAGACGUGAUGUCAGUCCUCACAAGCCCUUCUGGCUUCGUACUCUUCGAGCUUUGGCGACAGGCAACGGGAUCCACGGCACCCGCAAUUGCCUUCACGAUCUCAAUCAUCAUAAUGCUACCCAUUGGCAGCAUUGCUUGCCAGCAGGUGGCUUCUAUGAUGGCACUCAGUCUGGGGUUGGACAAGGCCUUGGUCUUCCCUGACACAUGGAGUACUUUGAACAAGAGACUCAAUACGCCAGUCAACGCCUUACUAUUGAAUUUUGCCCUGAUGUUUCUUGUCGGGAUUCUCUUCUUGGUAUCCACGCUCGCAUACAAUGCCUUGAUUGGCACCGCUAUAGUGUUACAGCAAAUCACUCUGGUGACCCCGACCGCGUUCUUGCUAUACAACCGUCGCUCCACACUGGCUUUGCCACCUACUCGUCCUUUCAGGCUUCCGAAUUUGGUGGGCUGGACUGUCAAUAUUGUAACAGUGGUAGCAUUGUCAGUUACAACGGCCUUCUUCUUUCUUCCGGCUAGUCGUCCUGUCACAGCUCACACCAUGAACGAUCAAUCCGAAGUGAAAGGCGCUAUCCUCACUCCAGUCUUGCGACCUUUCCACCUUCUCAACAACACCAUGGCCAAGCCUUCUGAUAGUGAAGCAAGCUGGUCGCACCAGAUUCAUGCAGAGAAUACGUCUAAGACUCGGGAAUUCAUUGAAAAUCUAUUCGCCAAAAAAGUGGACUGGGAUCAUGCAUUCCCCGAAGCGCUGGCAGAUGGUUUGAUCUGGACCACGAAUGGGUCAUCACCGAUUUCGGGGCGUUAUGAGAGUAAACAAGACUACGUCGACAGGGUACUCAAACCAAUGCAUGCAAUUGUGGAAAAAAUCCCGCCGCCGACUGUCAAGCAUUUAUUUGUUGAUGGCCUCUGGGCGGUUGUGCAUUGGAGGGGUGAAGGUGUGAAAGCCUUGAAUGGGGCAAGCUAUGAACAGGACUAUUGUUGGCUUCUCAGAACAAAUGGUCAACCGAACAACCAGAUCGUUGAAAUUAUAUCCUGGUUUGAUCCAGCUAAGCUGUCUGAAGCACUUGAAGGGACCGGCGUCACAUUUCCCGGAGCGCAAUCCAAGAUCGAGUAA